AGACUUUCCCUUUUGCGCACCCCUUCGAGGAGUUUGUUACCGAGCUGAAACCGCUUUAAAAGGUCAGUGUAGACGGGGGGUUUGGGUCCUCCGUGCCCCCCAGGACCCCAGCCAACUUGAGACCCGGCCUGAGCUCCGGUUUGGAAAGGGUUACGACGAGAAAGCGAGGCGGCGCCAGGUUUGGCCGCGCACCUGGGCCAGGCGUCUUCCUCCUUCCACCUGCGCCUCUUGGCAGGAAGAGGAAGAAGGGAAGGAAGGGAGAAAGAGAGCGCCCAAAGGAGGAGAAAGUUCGCUCCCGAUCGGGCGCCUCGAAGAAGGGGUCGACGGAGGCGUCCCCAAAGACCCCCCACCCCCCAAAAGUUGGACGGUUGCCGACAUGGAGGAAAUGGUGAUCUGGGAGCAGUACACAAUAACCCUCAAUCGAGAUCCCCGGAAGGGCUUUGGCCUUGCCAUCUCAGGAGGCCGGGAUCGCCCCAGUGCUUCCGACAGAGAUGUCUCGAUCAUCGUCUCCGACGUCGUCCCUGGAGGGCCAGCGGAUGGUCGACUGCAGACCCGGGACAAGAUUGCCAUGGUCAACGGCCUCUCCAUGGAUAAUGUCUCCUCCUCCUUUGCCAUCCAGACGCUGAAAACCUGCGGCCGAGUGGCCAAUAUUACGGUAAAGCGGCCCCGUAAAAUCCACCUCCCGGCUUCCAGGCCCAGCCAACCCCAAAGCAGCCCUGCCCCACGCUCCCCAGAAGUCCGCCACGACAGGGAUUCGGAUGAGGAGGGCAGCUUUCGCCGUGGCGGAGGACGCCAUUGGGAGGCGGACCACAACCGUGGCUAUGAGGGGGACUCCUCCAGUGAGCGGAGCUCUGGGCGCUACCGGGACGAGGCCGACGGCCCCCGACGACAGCCCAUCCGCAACCGGAGGCGCAGCCAUGAUGGGGGCCACCGCCGAAGGAGCCGCGAUAGUGGGUCGGAUGGGCCACCUGUCACCAACGGCUAUGCUGGAGGCCUGGCCCUGAUGUCUGGGUUCAAGCGGCUGCCAAAGCAGGACGACGUUCCAAUGAAGCCCUUGCGCUCUGUUCUGGUCAAGAGCAAGGAUAGCGAAGAAUAUGGAUUGAAACUCGGGAGCCAGAUCUUUAUCAAACACAUCCGGGAUACGGGUCUCGCAGCAAAGGAUCGCAACUUGCAAGAAGGGGACCUCAUCUUAAAGAUCAAUGGCGUGUCCAGCGAAAACCUGUCCCUGGAAGAGACCCGGCACUUGAUUGAAGGGUCGGAAGGCCGUCUCACGCUGUAUGUCGUACGGGACGACACCCACUUUCUGGUCAACAUCCCUGAAGUGGAGGAGAGCGAGGGCGAGAGCUCCCACUUGGACGAUAUCUCUGAUAUCGGGUCCGACGUUUCGCCGCCGCCUCAGCACUCCCCCGAACCUCCUCUUCGUGAUGAUGUUCCACCAAGGAGGCGCUCCAGCAAGAAACAACGUCCGGCAAAGGAAUUGACUCCGAUUCCUAUUUUUGAGGUCCCAAAAAUCCCGGAGAACAACUAUAUCUCCCAAGAGGAGGUUGGCGACCCCCAGAGCAGUGACAUUUAUGGGUACAGCCCGGACUCCAAAGUGGUCCGAUUCAUCAAAGCCCGGAGCAUCGGCCUGCGUCUUGCCGGCGGCAACGAUGUGGGGAUCUUUGUGGCCGGAGUCCAGGAAGGGAGCCCAGCCGAGGGACAAGGCAUCCGGGUAGGAGACCAGGUCCUGCAGGUCAACGAGAGGCCCUUCCAGCACCUGACGCGCGAAGAGGCCGUGACCUUCCUGAUGGAGCUCAGCCCUGGGGAGGAAGUUGCCUUCUGCCUCCAGAGCAAGCCAGACAUCUAUGCAAAGAUGGUCAAGUCCAACGUGGGCGACUCCUUCUACAUCCGCACCCACUUUGAUUUCGAGAAGGACACACCUUCCGGCCUGAGCUUCACACGUGGGGAGGUCUUCCACGUAACGGACACCAUGUACCGGGGCAAAGUGGGCAGCUGGCUGGCUGUCCGGAUGGGCAAGGAGUUCCAAAGGCUGGACAAGGGCAUCAUCCCAAACCAGAGCAGAGCGGAGCAAAUUGCCAGCCUGGAGUCGGUCCUCAAAGCCUCCUCCACCUCCAACCCCAUCUCUGCAGCAAGGGCCGAGUUCUGGAAGCUACGGGGUCUGCGGGGGGCCAAGCGUACGCUGCUGCGGAAGAGCCGGGAGGACUUGUCGGCCCUCACCAAGCAGGGCCACUACCCGCCCUACGAAAGGGUUGUACUCAAGGAAGCCACAUUUAAGCGCCCGGUGGUGAUCCUGGGGCCGAUCACGGACAUCGCCAUGCAAAAGCUGAGCACCGAAAUGCCGGAGGAGUUCGAAAUUGCGGAGAGCAUCGCCAGAGACGAUGGCUCCGCCAAAGUGAUCAAGCUGGACUCCGUUUGGCAAAUUGCUAAGCAGGGCAAGCAUGCGCUGCUGGACAUCACUCCGGCCGCGGUGGAGCGGCUCAACUACGUCCAGUACUUCCCGGUGGUGGUCUUCCUGGAGCCGCAGAGCCGCCAGGGGGUGAAGGCCAUGCGCAAAUGGCUGGCCCCGGACUCCCGCAAGAGCUCCCGGCGUCUCUAUGCGCAGGCCAAGAGGCUGCGCCAGCACUGGAGCCAUCUCUUCAGCGCCACCAUCAGCCUGGCUGACGGCUCCGAUGCCUGGCUCCAGCGCCUCAAGGAGGUCCUCCGCGACCAGCAGAGCCGGCCCGUGUGGACCACCCAGGAGCAGGUGGACGUCUCGGCCGAGGAAGGCUUGGAGAUGCUGAACCAGGCUUCGGCCCCGGCUCCGGGCUACUUGACCUGCGACAGCCGGGCCAACAGUGACUACGAGGAGACGGACGCCGAAGGGGAGCCCUAUACGGACCAUGAACUGGAGGAGGCCUAUCUGGAGCCGGCUCUGUCCCGCUCCUCAGAGCCCAUUGAAAGGGAGCCGGAGCAGGACCUAGGCCAGGACAUUGAUCUGCAUGACAGCAACCAGCAACCGCAAGGACAGUGGCGGCAAGAAAGAGACAUCAGGGAAUAUGAGCGCGAGGCCCUGCAGAGGAAGUUCACCAAGGCCCGGGCAUACGAGUCGGAGUCAGACGAGGACUACGGCUACGGAUGGGGACCGGCCACAGACCUGUAGCCCAAUUACAUAGACAAUGCCUUCUCCGUUUGUGCCUUUCGUUGCCUCCCGUUUGCCCCUCGUUUCCAUGGCGGAAGCCCCUUUCAGGAACUUGGGUGUUAUAGCCCGUCCGCCCCCUGAUGAGAGUUGUAGCCCGGCACCUUUUUGGGUGUGUGUUCCCAUUGGCAAUUCUGUAACCUUUCCUCCCAUUUAAACAUUGCUUAUCAGUGAAUCGGAGAGUGCGAAGCCGAUUAGGAAACUACACACCCCAGAUUUCCUAAAGGUAUGGGUUUGGAAGCGUCCCUUAUCCACAAAAUGCUUGGGAUUAAAUGCAUUUAAAAUAAUAAUUAAAAAACUGGAAUAUUUGCAUCUACCAAGAGUUAUCUCAAGUCGAAAAUAGGACAUUUGCAUAUGUUUCACAGACACCAUAGCUUUAAUACUGUUUUUAGGGGAUGUUUUCUGUAUUUUGUGCAACAAGAUUUGUUAUUCUUCUCCAUUCAUAGGAAUAUAUAUAAUAUAUACGCACAUAUAUACAUAAAUAUCCUAUAUAACAAUAAAAUAUGUAUGUGUGUGUGUGGCUGGGAUGCCCACUUACACAGACAAGCUCCUACCUGCACAAACAGCCAGAGCUCCCACUAUGCAGAAGACACCAAUGGCCCUCCCUCCAAUGACAUUGCAGGUUAUAGACAGCGCAGUAAACAUGUUCAAGAGCCCUGCCAAUGUCCUCCACAAACACUGUCCACCACCCAAGUGUAGGCUUUCAUACAGGGACAAUUUCAUCCUAGAUUUUAUGUAUUUCUUCCACCAGACAUCCCAGCGUUUCUGACUCUCUCCAUUGGUGUGGAAUGUGCAUGAUCCUAUCCACCACCUCUCCCUUAACCCUUUCCUAUUCUUUUCCAUGGCACACAGUAAACAGAGGAAUUGAUCAGCAACUGAACAUACUAGAGAGGUUUGGGGAGAAUUCACCAUAAUUUAUAGGAGUUGUAGGUCCUGGGAUGUAUAGUUCACCUGCAAUCUAAGAGCACCCUGAACUCCACCAACAAUGAACCCGGAACUAACUUGGCACACAGAACCCUCAUGACCAACAAAAAUACUGGAGGUCUUUGGAGGGAUUUAUCCGAGUUGUAGUUCACCUACAUCCAGAGCACACUAUGAACCCAAACAAUAAUGGAUCUGGACCAAACUUGGUAUGCAUACCUGACACUGUUGGGUUUUGUGGGGAAUUGGCCUGGAUAUUUGGAAGUUGUAGGUACUGGGAUUUAUAGUUCACCUGCAAUCAAUGAGCCCUCUGAACUCUCCCAAAGAUGUAAUUGGACCAAAAUUGGCACACAGAGCUCUCUUCACCAGCAAAAAAAAAUAC